AUAAUAAGCACAUCACAAAGACUGACCAAUUCAGGGGGUGUUCUGAUUGGGAAUCCGUAUAACCCAGCUCCAACGAUGGUGACGCAGACACACAUAACAGAAGCUACUGGUUGGAUUCCAGGGGAAAGAAAGCGAACUCGAGAAUUUAUAGAAUCAGAUUUUUCAGAAAGUAAAAGAAGCAAAAAAGGAGACAAAAAUGGGAAAGGUCUGAGGCACUUCUCCAUGAAAGUAUGUGAAAAAGUUCAGCGUAAAGGAACAACUUCGUACAAUGAGGUUGCUGAUGAGCUGGUAUCAGAAUUCACAAAUUCCAACAGCCACCUAGCUGCGGAUUCGGCUUAUGAUCAGAAAAAUAUUAGACGGCGAGUUUAUGAUGCCCUUAAUGUGUUGAUGGCAAUGAACAUAAUUUCAAAGGAGAAAAAGGAAAUCCGAUGGAUUGGCCUUCCUACAAACUCAGCUCAGGAAUGUCAGAAUCUAGAGGUAAAGUGAGGUAGAUGCAAACUUCUGUAUAGUUCAUAAAUCGUUGUAAGGGAACUGCUGUAAUUCAAAAGGGGUUUCUUUUCCCCACUAUUUGAACCUGACUGGUCUUCAUUCUCGCACAGUGUGAAAAUACACCUUUUGGUAUUUGACUAAACUGAAACAACGUGUUUGUUAUGUGUCUGGUUUUGUUUUAUUUAGUAUAACUUACACAAGUUUCAAAACCUGUUUACUUUACAAAAUAUUCAUUUGUUGUAUCAGGGAUAAUUUUUAAGACUUAAAAGCUGUAGUAAUCCAAAGCAAACAAGAAAGUA